CCCGCAGCCAGCGCCGCGAUGGCUUGCCUGUUGAGCUCUGCGUCUUGCGCGGCCUCGGCCUUGGUGUCUACUGUCCUACAGUUCGUUUCCCGGUUCAUGCGCGUCAGCCCUUUGUUCCACACAGUCGUCAAAACAUUGGAUCGGGGCAAGACCAAGGUUCCUCGAGGUACUCCUUAUCUUGCGCCAUGGGCGGUUGAGAGCGAUCUGAUCGUGAGGGUACUGGCUCUUAAUCCUGGCGGGCACACCUUGCAAGGUACGAACUGUUAUCUAGUCGGCAACGGCGCGCGGCGAAUCCUGAUCGAUACAGGGGAGGGAAAAGCUGGGUUUGUCCCCCAUCUCCUGGAUGUGAUGAAACAAGCAGGAUGCGAGAUGCUGGACGCUAUCUUGUUGACACAUUGGCACGCUGACCACGUGGGGGGUGUCAGCGAAAUCCGCAAGGCGCUUGGUGGAAACAUUUCCGUCUUCAAGAAGUUCUGCCCUCGAGUGCAAGAUUUCGACUACUCAAUCAUCGGGGAAGGUCAACUGUUUCGAACAACCGGAGCCACCCUUGAAGCGGUGUCCACCCCGGGACACACCGAAGACCACGUCUCGCUUGUUCUUCAUGAAGAAAAGGCCCUGAUAGCCGGCGACCUGCUUCUUGGGUGUGGCACGGCUAUUUUCGACGACUUCACCUCUUACAUGGAUUCACUGCAGAGAGUUCGCGACAUGAGCCGGAAAUACGAAGGAGGCUUCACGAGGUUGUACUGUGGGCAUGGUCCCGUAGUGGAAGCUGCGCAAGAGAAGAUAGAGUACUACAUCAAACACCGGCAAGAAAGAGAAGCCCAAAUCAUAAAUGCGUUAACGGCAGCAAAAGGGCGGACGCUCAGCGCUCUCCAGAUUACCGUUCGGGUGUACGGCGCUGUACCUCUCCCGAUCUUUGUCUCGGCGCACUACAACGUUUUGCACCACCUGUCGAAGCUCGCGAGUGAAGGAAAAGUCGUCCUCGGCUGGGUGCCGUGCUCAUAUUGCAUUGGACCCGAGCGCGGGCUAAAUGUCGGACGCACAGAUUGAGCACGCCCAACAGCAGUUGCAAGGGUGCCCGUCCGGGAGCGUCCCUAUGUCCCUAUGCUCUCUUCAUGGCCCGUGCUGGAGAGGAACGCGCCCCGCUGGUGGCUUUUUUUAUGCCUCGUGCACAUGGUGUCAGUCGGUCUCUUUGCGACUGAAAGUGUUUCGGUGUGCAUCAAGAAUAGCCGAGGUUUUCCCCACGUAUAUUGCCAACACCUCUGUGAGUUCUGUGACACUUCCAUAACCUGACCGAUCAUCUGUGAAUUCUGUCGCACUUCCAAUACCCUGCCCGAAAUAAGCAAACCCUUAAGACCCUUUAAAAUGUCCUUCGUUCCGUCGCUCACGCCUGGUAUGCGUGGAGGAAUUUGGUGUGGAAUGGCCCAGCAGCGUGAGGAUGGCGGUUGGUUGUGUUGCGAAGUUACAUCGACAGCGAUUGGAAACAAGGCGAACGAGCCUCUGCGUAUGGUUCUUCCAGGCGUACUUGUUACGCGAUCCGGAAGCCCCUACAGAUCGUAGGACUAAAGUGCUGGUACCUUCGGUGGAUGCCUGCUUUUGUUGGCGUAUGGGCUAUGAGGAAGCUGUAGCAGCGGAUCAUCGUGUGAGUAGACAGCGCCAGGUUGUACGAUAUCAACCUGGAAAGAGCACAACACUGUACUGGACUUUCGGGAAUGUAAUCAUGCAAGCAAACAAAUUGAUUCAAGGGGCGAAGCCGACGAGAGUCGUUGUAGGCAACAAAGUCUUGAGAAGGAUGUUCAGGGUCGUUUUACUGGUGAUGCCGUAAGGAUCUGGAUCCAGAGCCAUCAAAGUACCGUGUUUUGUAGACGUGCGUCACCAACGGUAGAAACGCGAGGCACGAAAUUGCACAACCAAGCGACUACUGCGUGCGAAGCCGACGAGAGUCGCUAUAGGCAACAAAGUCUUGGCAAGGAUGUUCAGGGUCGUUUUACUGGUGAUGCGGUAAGGAUCUGGAUCCAGCGCCAUCAAAGUACCAUGUUUUGUCGGCGUGCGUCACGAACGGCAGUAACGUGAGGCACGAAAUCGUGCAGCCAAACGAGACUGAUACGCGCGGAGCCGACGAGAGCCAGUGUGGGCAACAAAGUGUUGACAAGGAUGUUCAGGGUCGUUUUACUGUCUGGAUCCAGCGCCUAAGUACCAUGUUUUGUUGGCGUUCCAUCACGAACGCAAAUAAUUGAAUUAGGCCGAACUUAACGCCGAGCCGUAUCCUGACGAAUAUUUACGGUCACUCGUAUUGUGCUUGUGCUUGUCCCUGCUCGUCAGACGGGGGCGGCGGGGACCUGAUUUUUGCCCGUGGCUGACACACGGACUCAUUUUGACAUGUCUUUAUGAG